CAGCAGCAUCCACCAGGCAUUCAGAGACAAGUCUUCACACAGAGCAGGAACCACGGGAAGAAAGAUGCUGCGCCUCGCUUUACUCGCCUGUACGCUUGCUGUGGCUUUAACACAGAUGGUCGACCCCAGAGGAGCUCGUCCAGUGGAACAUGGCACCAAAGCUGAUAAAUGUGCCACUCAGAAGGAGUGGCCUUUCUGUACAGAUGAUGAUUGGGGCUCUAAAUGCCCCUCAGGCUGCAGGAUCCAAGGUAUAAUGGAUAAAAACGACUUUGAACUGCUGAAGAAGGUUGAGAAAAUCCGCAGCAUGUUGGAUCAGUACAAGAAUAAGUAUCGCACCACCGACCUAGCCUCCAAACAGACCUACACCUACCUGACGGAGAAACUCACCGCCAGUUCUGGUAAUGACAACAGCUAUUACGAGCUGGCCCAAAGUCUUCGUCAGAGAAUCCAAGAAAUAAAGGUGAAGAUCGACAGACAGAUGAGGAUCCUGUCCGCCCUGAAAGAUCGGGUCAAAGACCAGGUCGUGGAGAUGAGGAAGCUGGAGGUCGAUAUUGACAUGAAGCUCCGCUCCUGCAAAGGAUCCUGCUCUGGAUAUGUUGAGUACAACGUGGACAAGGAGAGCUACGUGACUCUGGAUAAACAGGUGAUGCAGCUGGAAACUCCACAACAGAACAUCGAGUCGGUGGGUACGAUGUACGUGAUGAAGAGCCGGCAGUUGAAGGACGUGGUUGUGGCGAGCGUCUUCAAAUCUAAGGACGUGGGGGGAAAACAGAAAGAGGACAUGUUCCCUGAGGUUAAAACUAUCCAGUUGAUCCUGGAGGAGGAAGGCUCCAGCUCAUCUCCAGCAACCAUCUCCAAGGUUCCAGGUACUUCCUACGAAACUUCCAAAUCCUCACCUGCAUCAUCUUCAGCCACCUCCACUUCUACAACUUCCUCAAAGUCCAUCACCGAACUUAGCGGACGUGGCGAUACUGGUGUUUUUGAAAGCUUUGAUGGUCCCAGCAUUACCAGUUCAAGCCGUGUGUCCACCAAAACUGUCAGCUGCACCAAGAGCAUCAGGAGGACAGUGGUUCACACAAAAGAUGGACCAGUGGAAAAAGUAGAGGAGGUGACUGAUGGAGGACCUGAGUGCCAGGCGGUGAGCAUCAACAAAGGAUUGGGCUCCUUGUUCCCCACCCUCAGCCACACAUCCUCCUCCUCCUCCUCUUCCUCCUCAUCCUCCUCCUCAGUAUCUACCAAGAGUGUUCAUACUGGUGAUGCAAAGGGAAGCCUCUUGGGAGAUUUCAAGUCUGGUUUUAUGGAUUCAUUUGGCGGGGACGUAGGGCUUGACCUCGGAGCAUUCUUGACCGACAACACAGAAGAUGACGUUCCUGAUUUCCACGCCAGGAGUGUGAAGAGCACACGUGUCGAGAGGCAGGAUGAUUUUGUAGGAAAAGAUUGUGUCGAAGCCUACGAGAAGCACCUGAAAGGGGAAACAAACGGCCUGUUUAAGAUCAAACCUGGUGGCACCGACUCCCAGGUGGAGGUAGAAGUUUACUGUCAGCAGGAGGGGCUAAUGGGUGGGUGGUUGUUAGUCCAGCAGAGAGAAAGUGGCACACUGGGCUUCAACCGCACCUGGGCUGAAUACCGCCAAGGGUUUGGUUCGGUCGAUACUCUGGGUAAGGGGGAGUUCUGGUUGGGCAACCUGAACCUCCACUUGUUGACUAAUCAGGGUGAGACAAUACUGAAGGUAGAGAUGGAGGAUUGGGAGGGGGGCGUAGUCACUGCUGAGUACACAGUCAGGGUGGGCUCGGAAGCGGACGGGUACCGGCUGCAUGUCUCCGGGUACACCGGGGAUGCUGGGGAUGCUUUGGUGAUGCCCAAGUCUGAGAAGGCGUCUGACUUGUCUCACAACGGGAUGAAAUUCAGCACCUUUGACAAAGACAACGAUGAGUCGGAGGAGAACUGUGCAGAGGUGUACGGAGGUGGGUGGUGGUACAACAAAUGCCAGUCUGCAAACUUAAAUGGGAUUUAUUACAAAGGCACAUAUGACCCCAAAACAAACACACCGUACCAGACUGAGAACGGAGUCGUGUGGGUGACAUACAAACCAGCCACUUACAGCCUGAAGGCUGUUCGGAUGUUUGUCCGACCAGCUGCCUUUUAACGAGAAAAUAAGGCCAAACACAGGCUUAUGCACAUCUUAAAUAAAUAUGACAAAAAAAGAGUUAAAUCCUUGUUUACUGCUAAGCUGUUUGGAACGUCUAAAAUGACUUGAAAAUGUCAAAGCAUGAACAUAUUUUAAUGUCAAACCACAAACCUAUUUUUACUGAUUUUUAUAUUUUUGUUCAGCUCACUGUGUAAAGGUCGUUGACCUGUUUGUUAGUGUUACCUGUUCACGAUGUUCCUGCAUUGACCUGAUGUUCUCUCUGUUGCUCAACUCUGUACAGAUCAAUGACUGAACUCUGCUCCAUCAAUAAAGAUUCAGUGUUCACUUCA